UUCUGAAUCGUCUUCAGUGCUAGAUUGGCGUCACCAAAGCUGUGAUGUAAAUACUGUAUGUUUUACUUUUUUCGGAGAACCAAGAGCCAUCGAAAGGUUUUUGUUCUUGACUUACAAAUAAAACCGUGGGUUUCGAGAACGAUAAAUAGCGGUAGAUUGUUAGAGCUCGUGCUGUAAACAUUGUUGCAGCUAGCUAACGGGUUGUCAAAUAACCGCUAACUAAAAUAACAACUAUCUACUCUAAACGCCCCUUUCUUUUUCAUUUUUUCGGGGUUUCUUGCAAGCAAACAUGAGUGAACAACUGAAAUUCAUCGUUGAACAGCUGAACAAAGACCCAUUCAACAAAAGUUUCAACUUGAUCACGUUUGACUCUCAGAAGCCGAUGCAACUGUUGCAAAUUCUGAACGAUGUUUUGGCAGAAAUUGACCCAAAGCACGCCAUUGACAUCCGUGAGGAGAUGCCCGAGCAGACGGCCAAGAGGAUGUUCACUCUACUGGGCAUGCUCAAGUACAAGCCACCAGGAAGUGUCUCCGAUGCGAGUAGUUUUCGGCAGGGCCUGGUGAUUGGCAGUAAGCCGGUGGUGCAGCAGGUUCUGUUCUGGCUGCUUCAGAAGCUUCCGGAGCUGAAGAAGAGGGCCUACCUGGCACGCUUCCUGGUCAAGCUAGACGUGCCCCCUGACUUCCUCAGAGACGACCUCAUAGCAGACACACACCACCAGUAUGAGGAGCUGGUCGAGGGCUUCAAGACUCUUCAUAAGGAGUGUGAGCAGCUCAAGAGCUCCGGCUUCUCCACCGCAGAGAUCAGACGGGAUAUCGCAGCCAUGGAGGAGGAGAGAGAGCAGUUGAUCAAACGAGUCGAGAGGCUGAAGAAGAGGGUGGAGUCGGUGUCUACUCAUCAGCGGAUGCUGGAGCUGACCAGACAGCUGAGAGUGGAGAAGGAGAGAGAGGAGAGCCUGGCCCACCAGAAACAAGAGCAGAAGAACCAGCUUUUUCAGGCAGAGCAACGUCUCCAGAGGGCUCAGUUGCAGCUGAAGGAUCUCCGCCAGGCAGCAGCAGACGCCAAGCCAGAGAGUGUUAUGAAGCGUCUAGAAGAGGAGAUUAAGUUUAACAGCUACAUGGUGUCUGAUAAGCUUCCUAAGGAGCUGCAGCACAAGAGACUGUGUGUCCAGCAGCUGCAGAAGGUGGCGUCCGAACCAGCCAUGGGCCAGAGCGAACUAGCACAGCUACACAGCAAGAUCCAGGAGGUCAAUGUAGAGAUCAACCAGCUGAUUGAGAAGCGUAUGAUGCGGAAUGAUCCCAUGGACGACAAGCUGUCUCUCUUCAGACAACAGGCCUCCAUCAUCUCCCGUAAGAAGGAGACGCGUGCUGAGGAGCUGCAGGAGGCGCGAGAGGAGCUGAGCGCUCUGGAGAGGGAGUUCAGCAGCAAGACAAGCCAGGCACGCGACGGAGAAGGAGCUCAGCUACUGAGAGGAGACGAGUUUAAGCGCUACGUGAAUAAGAUGCGCAGUAAGAACGUGGGCUACAAGAAGAAGAAGGCGGAGCUUGACGUCCUGACGGCCGAGUACGGUGUCCUGCAGAGGACACAAGAGAUACUGAAGCAGAGACACGACAGCACUCUGCAGACACUGCAGUCCCUGGAGGCCCAGAGAGGCGUGUCUGGCUACAGUGACACCCAGGAGGAGCUGGAGAGAGUCUCAGCCAUCAAGAGCGAAGUGGACCUGGCCAAGGGACACACACUGGACAACAUGAGCGACAUGGUGAAGAAGUGAAACUCUGCCGUGGUGGAUAAGAAGUCAGCUCUGGCCCCCUUCAUCAAGGAACUCAGACCACUACGCCAACAGUGCAAUGAGCUGUCUGUGCAGUAUGAGGAGAAGAAAGGCCAGUAUGACACCUGUGCAGCCGGGCUGGAGAGCAACCGCUCUAAACUGGAACAGGAGGUGAGGGCGUUGAGAGAUGAGGUGGACCAGGAUGAGAACCGACACUUCUACAUCAACUGCAUGAAGGGGAUUAUUGAGGUUCAGCUUCAGAGAGCUGCGGAUGAAAUGAAGGCGUACGUCUCCUCAGACCCUCAGGAGAGGAAGAAGACCAUCAGGGAGCAGUGCAUGAAGCACAUUGCCGAACAGGAGUCCUUGGGCAAGAAGUUGCGUGAGCAGCAGAAGUGUGUGCGUGAGUCUCACGGCCCCAACAUGCGGCAGGUGAAGAUGUGGAGCGACCUGCAGCAGCUGAUGGAGUGCAAGCAGCAGUGUUUCAUGAGGAGCCAGAGCCAGCAGUCUAUAGGCCAGGUCAUACAGGAGGGAGGAGAGGACCGACUAGUACUGUAGAGAGA